AUGGCCUCCCCCGCAGUGAACAAAGCCCCUCCCAAGCUGGGCUCCAAGACCAACACGCCCGCCAAGGUCCGCAAAGGCUCCGGGUCCAGCGCGGCCUCCAAGCCCAGCACAACCCAAGCCAGCCCCAACCCCAAGUCUCUGAAGAAGAGCACACCCCGCAAACUCUCUCAGAAGGCUCCCGAGCCGAUCGAGGACGACGAAGUCUCCAUCCCCGAGACCCCCUCCCCCAAGUCCAAGAAAAAGACCUCCUCCUCUGAGCAGCGCCGCCCAAGAUCCCCGCCAGACGAUGUCGCCUCAGAGGCGUCCGGCUCCGCCGCGCCCCUCGGCCGCGCUGCGUCCGGGUUGACUGGUAAGGCCAAGGGUCUUGCCGGGGGCGUCGCUGGCAAGGCUAAGGAUACAGCCGCGGAGGGUGUUGAGACUGUCCAGAAUGGCGCCAAGGAUGCGACUGAUAAGCUGCCUGCUACUGACGGCCUGCCUGUGCCUUUUGACCUGUCUGCGUUGAAGGGUCUGGAGGUUGCUGACGGGGGCAACAUUCUUGGACAGGAUGGGAACCCUAUUGGGCAGGUUGUUGAGGGCGAUGCUGAAGAUCUCGUUGGGCAGACUGUUGGUGACGAUGGCGAGAUUGUCGACGAGGAUGGGGACUUGAUUGGCCGUGUUGAUAUUUUGCACGAGCUGGCUGAUCAGGCGAAGAAUAUUCCUGAUGAGGCGCAGUCUAAGGUGGGAGAUCUGGAGAAUGUUGUUACGGAUCUUGCCCAGCUGGAGGGUCUGCCUGUCUCUGAUGGUGGUGUUAUCAAGAAUGCUGCUGGUCAGACUGUUGGUCGCAUUGUUGAAGGCGACUGGGAGGAUUUGAUUGGUUUCACCCUCAACGAGGAGGGUGAGAUUGUUGAUGAUGAAGGUGAUGCCAUUGGUCGUGUUGAUCUUGUUCCCAUUGAGGAGCAGAAGAAGGUCAUCGAAGAGACUGCCCACGAUGCCACCGAUAAGGUUGAUGGCGUCAAGGAUGAUGUCGAGGAUGAAUUCGAGGAUGCUCACGAUAACCUCCCUACCGACCAAGCCAAGAGCGCUGUUGACGGUGUCGCCGAUGACGCUGAGGGUGCCGUCGACGAUGCCGAGGACGCUGUCUCCGAGGCCGCAGAGGAUGUCGAUGACGAUGAGCUUCCCGACGUCGAUGCGUCCAAGAAGAACGCAGACGGUCUGGUCGACGACGCCAAGGACACUGCUGAAGAUGCUCAGGAUGAUCUUGAAGAGACUGCCGAAGAUGGCAAAAUCGAACUCGAAGACAACGUCGACGGCGUCAAGGAUACAGCUGAUGAUGCCGCCGAUGGUGUCGAGGGUGAUCUCGAGGAGACCGCCGAGGGCGCUAAAGACACCGCUGAAGACGCCCAGGGUGAGCUCGAAGACACUGCCGAAGACGCCAAGGAUGCUGCCGAGGACACCGCCGAAGGUGUCGAGGGCGAUCUCGAGGACGCCGCUGAAGAUGCCGAGCAGCGUGUCCCCAGCCUCGACACUCUCGAGGGUCUCAUCUGCAACAAGCGCGGCUACAUCAUCAAUCAAACCACUGGCAAACCCGUCGGUGAGCUGAUCGAAGGUGACGCUAAGAAGAUUGCCAAGAUCGGCGCCACCCUCGACGACAAGGGCCAGUUCUGGGACAACCGCGGCAAUGUCAUCGGCAAGGCCAAGGCCCUCCCAGUCGAAGACGACGAAGGCGAAGAGGGACCCUUCUCGGGACUCGAAGGCUUGGUCGUCAACGAGGACGGCUUCGUUGAAGACGAGAACAACACCCGUGUCGGACGCCUGAUUGAAGGCGAUGCUAAGAAGCUCAGCGGCCGCGGCGUCGAUGAGGAUGGUGAAAUCCUCGACCGCAAGGGCAACGUCAUUGGUCGCGCUGAGCGUCUCGAAGAGGAGCCCGAGGAGCCCGAAGAGGCUGGUCCUGACUUCUCGGCUCUGAACGGUCUUACUUGCAACAAGGCCGGCUAUGUCAUUGGACCUGAGGGAUACCCCAUUGGCCGCGUGGUCGAGGGUAACCCCAAGGAGCUCGCUGGCCGGAAGAUCGAAGAUGGCGAGAUCUACGACGGCAAGAAGGUCAUUGGCCGUGUUGAGCUCAUUCCUGAGGAUGAGAUUGACAGCAAGGCCGAAGGCCCCUUCGCUGGCAUGGAGAGCCUCGUUGUAACCAAGGAUGGAUUCGUCGAAGACGAUGAGGGAUCCAUCGUUGGUCAGCUUGUUGAGGGUGACCCCAAGAAGCUGCGUGGUCGCGCUGUUGACGAGGAUGGCGAGAUCACUGACAAGUACGGCAAUGUCAAGGGUCGUGCUGAGCCCUACGAGCCCCCUGUUGAGGAGGCACCCGAGGAGGAGGAUCUCUCCCUCCUUGAGGGCAAGGUCGUCAACAAGUCCGGCAAUGUUGUUGACCCUACUACUGGUGCUGUUGUCGGCCGUGUUGUGGAAGGCGACAAGCGUCUCGCCGGCUGCAAGGUCGACGGCAAGGGCCAGAUCUGGGGUGACAACGGUAAGGUCGUUGGCCGCGCCGAACUGAUCCCCGGUGGCGAGCAGGGCAAGGCCGAAGGUCCUUUCUUCGGCUUUGACAACGCUGUCGUCGGUAAGGACGGUGUCGUCACCGCCGGUGACAAGAUCAUCGGACGUCUCAUCGAAGGUGACGCCAAGCGCCUAAUGGGCCGCAGCGUCGAUGAGGAUGGUGAUGUCGCCGACAAGAACGGCAACACCAUCGGCAAGGCCGAACGCUGGGAGCCCGAGGAGAAGAAGCGCGAUGUCAACCCCAUGGCUGGCCGCAAGGUCAACAAGGAGGGUGAAGUCCGCGAUGCCGAUGGCAACCUCAUCGGCCGACUGACUUCCGGUAACCUGGCCACUCUCAUUGGCAAGGCUGUCGACGACAACGGAUUCGUCGUUGACAACGACGGCAACAAGCUCGGCGAGUGCACUCUCAUCGAGAACAUCCCCGAGCCUGAGCCUGAGGAAGAGGAAGAAGAGGGCCCUACCCCCGAGGAGCUGGAGGCUCAGGCCAAGGCCGAGCAAGACCGCCAGCUCGCCGAGAAGAUGUGCCACAUCCUCAGCCAGACCCUCGAGUCUGUCAAGCCAGUCUGCAAGCAGAUCACCGAUGCCGUCGAAAAAGCCGACCGCACCCCCAAGGACGAGCUCGACGAAGAGAAACUCGUCCAGCAAGUCAAGCCCCUCCUCGAGGAAGGCGGCCGCAUUCUCCAAGAAUGCAACGGCGCCAUCCGUGGUCUCGACCCCGAUGGACGUAUCGCCGCAACCGCCAAGGCGCGCGCUGCUUCUCGCGAUGCCACCCCCGAGGAGUACCAACUCGCCGACAUGAUCAAGGAUCUCACUGAGACCGUGGUCAAGACCAUUGACAACGGCAAGAGACGCAUUGCUGACAUGCCUCACGCUAAGAAGAAGCUGAACCCUCUCUGGGGAUUGCUCUCCGAGCCUCUGUUCCAGAUCAUUGCUGCUGUUGGUUUGCUGCUGACUGGUGUGCUUGGUCUUGUUGGUCGUUUGCUUGAUGGACUUGGUCUUGGUGGAUUGUUGAAUGGAAUUCUUGGAAGUCUGGGACUUGACAAGAUUAUUGAUGGACUUGGUCUGGGCAGUUUGACUGGUGCCCUUGGACUUGGAAACAAAUAA